ACAGACUCCCCCCCCCCCCUCCCUCCUUUACCCCACCAAUAACCAUGCCUCUUCCAUGGAAGAAGACCAAACCCAAUCGAAUUUCUCGAAUCGUCGCUGAUCUUCAACCCCCAUCACGCGCCACCUCUCUCGUCGUCGAAACCGGCUUCCCCACUUCCGUCGUUGAUCUUUUCGUCAAGAAUCGUGACCGAAUCAAGAGACACUCCCUCAGGAAACCUAAGCACAAACAACACUCCACCCAUGUCUCUGAAUCCCUUGCCCCUCCUCCCACUCCUUCUCUCAGCCCUGAUAAUUCCCCUCGCCUUCCUGAACACGAGGAUGUCGUCGUUACCGCUUCUUGCUCCACCGCCGGACGCAAAGUCGAUGGUCUCCAACACCGCCCCAUCCCGGCGGAUGUUCAACUCAAUGUCGUCUCUGCCCGACCGAAUUUUUGUAGUAAUGCGGAUGCGGAUGCGGAUGGUGUCUGUUUGAAUUCCAUGUCUAUGGUGUUUGUUGCGGCGGUGAAGAUGCUUCUUGUGGUGAUUCCGGUUUUGAGUACCCAAAAACUCGUUCUCGGAAUUACUAUCUCUGCUUUCCUUUUGUUUCUUCUCGAGAUUUUUGGGAAAUUCGCUGUUUGUAAUUUAUUGAAUCGCUCUUUGAUCCGGAAUUGGUUCGUCCCGACAACCGUAAAAAGUUGCGGAGUUGGGUUGAAUUAUCGUGGUGUAGGAGGAGGAGGAGAAGAAGAGGACGCGGUGGCGACUAACUCUGGUUUGAAUAACGCAAUCCAAAUCGUGGAAUCGUAUUCCGAAGAUGAAGGAUUGUGUUUGGAACGUGAAUCACUAGGAAAUCGGGAAAAGGGAUUUGUGGGUUGUUCUGAUUUGGAAGUGGAGAAGGAGGAACAGGGGAAUUUACAGGUGGGGAAGAAUGAGAUAAGUAGAAGCGCAAAAUUGAGAGCGAAAAUCAUAAAGAAAUUAAUACCGAAGAAACUACGAAGUGGGAAGAGAGUGAAAAGGAGCAAGAAGGAGAAGAAGAUAAUGAAACAAGAAAUGGGAAUCACGAUCAACGAAAACGAACAGGAAACAGAAUCGAGUGGCGAGGAAGAAGAUGAAGAGGUUUGGGAAGAAGAAGAAGAAGACAUAGGACCAUCAACGACGAGGAAAGGGAAAGAUAAAGAAGAUGGCGAUGAUGAAGAAGAAGAAGAAGAAGGGAAGAAGAGUUUUGAGUGUGACAUUGUGAUCGUAACAAUUCUUUUGGGGCUGUGUGGGGGAAGAUUUCUGGCAUUUGUUCUAACAGUUUCAGGGUGUUUCAUGUUCAAAUUCAUCAAAAUUCUGACUCACAAAUGGAGAUUUGAGUAAAGUGUAGUCCAGUAAGUUAGAAUUAUCAAUUUCCCUUUUUCCCUUCCAAAAUCUGAUGAUGGUGAUGAUGGUGAUGAAGGUGUAUAUUGGUUUACUAAUUAUCUGAAAAUUUUUGAGACAUAAAUUAUAUUCAACAAUACAAAAACUUGGGUGGUUUGUGUUUUCAACUCCAUUUUCUUUUUGUUGAUAAAACAUUCUAUUAUAUGUUGUUAAAUAUGAUAAAUUGAACUUUAUAGCAAUAAAAAAAAAAAAAAAAAAAAAAAAAAAGGAGGGUUUCUUAGGAUUCUUGAAAGAGUGAUGUACAAAAUAUGAAUUAUGGGAUUAUGGGAAUUUGGAUGGUACAAAUAGGUCAGUAGGAGUGAGUUGAGAUUGUUGGUGUAUGUGGAGACACAAUAAAAUUUAAUAUAUGUUUUUGUUUAUGAAUUAUUUGUAUAAUAAUAUUAUUUAUUGUUGUGUUUUA